UGCAGCCAUGAUUUUCCUUUGGGUACUCUGUUUCUGGCAUUUGACGAAUCUGAAAUAGACUGGAGUCCGUUCGGUGCAUUCGGCUUACGUUCUGCUAUGAAUAUCACUCGUUCUUUCAGUCUACGCAGGAAGAAGAAGAAACCGGAGCUCACUGAUGGAUCGAAGCCUAAGCAAUGGUUAGAUGAUGAAGCAAAAAUCAAGGAGGGGUGUUGCAGUUUCCAAGUGAAAUAUUUGGGAAACAUUGAGGUGUAUGAAUCCAGAGGAAUGCAGGUGUGUGAAGAAGCAAUUAAAGCGCUCCGCAAAUCAAAGAAGAAGCCUCAAAAGGCCAUCCUAUACGUCAGUGGUGACGCCUUGAGGGUUUCUGAUGACGUCAGCCAACAUUUAAUGGUGGAUCAAACUAUCGAGAAGGUCUCUUUUUGCGCCCCCGAUCGAAGCCAUGACAAGGGAUUUGCCUACAUCUGCCGAGAUGGUGCCAGUAGACGGUGGAUUUGUCAUGCUUUCUUGGCCGUAAAAGAAUCUGGCGAACGUCUGUCACAUGCAGUGGGAUGUGCGUUCGCCAUAUGUCUGGAAAAGAAGCAAAAGCGGGAACGCGAUGCAUUACAGCUUGCUGCGUCAGAAGACCGCACUUUCGCACGAGUUGGGUCCUUUCGACCAGCUUCUCUUGCUGAGCGUUUAAUCGAUCCGCAAUCCGCCAUCGUCACCGAUCCAGUGUCUCCUCGUGAUACGGACUCCUGUUCAACUAUCACACCUGCCAAGCCAAUGUUACCACAAAAUCCUUCCCUUUUUUCUAGCACUAGAAACACCAUUGUUCCUCGUCCCCGUCCCAGUCCCUCCAUUUUAGAACGGCAAGGUAGUUUACGAGUGUUCCCCAAGUUACAGGACGCCUGUCCUUUCAAACGCGAUUUAUCGGUUCGAUUGGAUGAGUUGCCAUCCACCUUGCAGCGGCUUACCUGUUCUACUAGCGGUGAUGCUAUCCCCGAAGAAACUGGGCAGGAACUAGAAGAAUGCCCUCCUGAACCUAAACUCGAGUUGCCUGGUUCACAUCCUUCACUUUUCAGUACUUCCUUUCUACCAUCCUCCACACUUGACUCCGUUCCAAACGCAUCUGUUUCAAGUGGCUCCCUAGCACAGAAACCACACCCCACUGCUCAGACCGUCUCGUCAUCCGUGCACAUUGUCCCGCAACCGGCUACCGCUCCCUCUUCUGACUGUUCUGCCUCCUUCAUUGAUGAUUCUUCUGAUCCUUUCUCCGCCGCUCCGUUCAGUCGCGAAAUAGUCCAAUCUCACUAUCCUGUUCAAACUGCUCCAGUCAGUCCUCCCAUAACUUCAGUAAUAGCACCAGAGCUGGUAAUCCGCACUAAGCCCACUGGAGACACAAGUGUUUUCACUGCACCCACUUCUCCAUUUUUGGGUGGACCACCGAUAGUCGCCCCGACGUCCACGUCACACAUUGCUGCUUGGCCCAGCACGGCACAUCCUGGAUGGCCUUAUUCCAGUCCUAUGUCGCCUUAUGCUUCAUUUCCUUCGGGAUCUGUCCACUUGCCUCUGAACGCAGCUUUCUCCUCUCCGCAAUUCUCCCCGCUCGCCGCAUUCCCACACACAGGCUUACCGGGCAAUUCAAACACAUUACCGAAUCCGUCGUGGCUCCCAAGCGCUGACUCCACGUCAAAUUGGCAGACACCGUUUCCUUCACUGUUGCCUCCGGAGCCUGAUCGGUUGUCCGACCCGUUCGAUAUUGGAUGGGCUGAUCGAGCCACCUGUGGAGUCGGCGUACCAACCGUUCGCAAGCCAGGCAAUCCAUUUGUGCAGAAUCACUCAGGGUUUUCUGAUGUCAACGGUGCCACAGGUGAUGUUGAGGAGACGUCGCCUCCAAUGUCGAAGCCAAUUCUUUCUUGAUGGUGCACUCCAUCGUACUUCUAAAGUGUUUCCAUCUCAGCGCCCCCCAUUUUCUCCUCAUUUUGGCUCAUUUAGUCAGUGACAAUGUACCAAACUUAUUCCAUCCAUCGCAAAUCAAUUUCCCCUGCAUGCGAUAUCUGUGAGAUGUUUUAAUUCUUUUAGUUCCCACAUUUAUGCCCUCUUGUUUUAAGAUUUUUCCGCUCAUCCACCUCCUCUCUGGUAGUGAACUGUCCACCUGAUGCUGUAGUCCAGCUUGUCCCGGUUGACGCUUAAGCCACCAACGUGUGCGCCCCAUUUGGAUUCCCCUCCUAAGGUUUUAGCCCACACUGUCUUCUCAGUCCUCGCAUGGUAUAAUUUGCCUAUCCAUAUUUUUAUUUCGAACAGCCCGAUGAUCAUCAUUUUUUUAUUUGACAUUUUUCGCAAAUAGUGUAUGCGCCCCCUGAACCCGUCCCUUCCCACUGUCUGCAUUUCUUCACUGUUUGUUCCUUUCUUCAUUUUAUUAUUGACCUAUGUCUUCACGUGCGUGUAUACAUCCUCUGUGAUUCCGAUCGCUGUCUUCUUCCUACACUAUUUACGUUCUCAAGUACUCGGUGGGAUCACCCCUCUAAAUUCAGCAGUGGGGUGCGGCCAACAUCAUCGGAUUCCACUCAUGGACGGAAUUCCACCUUUGGAUUACAAAAAUAAACUGAAACUGCGCGCCCCUUCUUCAGUCCUUUUCGGUUG